GCAAUCAGGAAAGUGCACGUCAGUGAAGUGGAGCAGGAGGUGUCCAGGUGCUGCUCUCUGUGUCCAGAAAUCACAGCAUUGUUCUCAUACUCUAUAUGGACAAGAGAAAAUAAAGUGCCUUAUUUAAAAAUACAGAGCCAAUCCUGUCAGUUGGGAUGAAACCAGGAAAAGUUAAAGUGUGCUACACAGAGAGAGAAUUUGUAUAUCGGUUCCAGGCUGGAUGUGAGAGCUUUGCCCUGACUGUUCCUCUUCAGUUUCCUGUGCAAGAAAACCUUGAUCAUUUACAUGGACGUCUAAUGCUACUACACAAUUUACCUUGCUUUAUAGAACAAGAUCUAAAAAAAUCUCUCUGCCAGUUUGUUGAGGAAGAAACCAUCCGAGACUUUGACAGAGAAGCAGAACAAGCACUAGAAUGCCUGAAAUUGUCAACAGUGGAUGUCGAGCAUUUGGCCAAUUCCUGGAUGAAAGCAUACACAGAGACUACUCUUGAACAUGCCCGACCAGAAGAACCAAACAGAGAUGAAGAUUUUGCUGAUAUUUACCAUGAUCUGAUCCACUCCCCAGCUUCAGAAACCCUCUUGAACCUUGAGCACAAUUACUUUGUGAGCAUAUCUGAGCUAUUAGGUGAAAGGGAUGUAGAGAUGAAGAAACUGCGAGAAAGACAGGGAGCAGAGAUGGAUAUGGUGAUGCAAGAAUUAGGCAAGUCGCUAAGUGAUCAGGAUGUGAAUUCUGUGGCAGCCCAGCAUUUUGAAUCUCAGCAGGUUCUUGAAAAUAAGUGGAUUACUGAGCUGAAGCAGCUAUCUACUAUCCAAAAGCAGGAAUAUCAGGAAUGGGUCAUAAAGCUCCACCAGGACCUCAAAAAUCCCAACAACAGUUUUAUAAGUGAUGAAAUUAAAGUUCAGCCAAGUCGCCUUCAGGAGUCUGUAGAAGCAAGCCGACCAACAUUUGAAGAGCAUCAUCCGCUUGAAGAAAGCUUUACAAUUCAUUUAGGUGCUCAAUUAAAGACAAUGCACAAUUUGAGAUUGUUAAGAGCAGAUAUGCUGGAUUUUUGCAAGCACAAGCGCAAUCAUCGCAGUGGAGUCAAGCUACACAGAUUGCAGACUGCACUAUCUUUGUACUCCACAUCUCUCUGUGGUUUGGUGCUCUUAGUUGACAAUCGUAUUAAUUCUUACAGUGGUAUCAAGAGAGAUUUUGCCACAGUCUGCCAGGAGUGCACAGACUUCCAUUUCCCGCAGCUACAGGAGCAGCUGGAUGUGGUCCAACAAGUUGUCCUUUAUGCCAGAGCACAGCGAAACCAGAAGAUAAAACACCAGCAUGAUUCUUCAAAUGGGAACGAAGUACGUGGUGAUAAGUUUAAAAACACUGAGCGCAAUCAUUCAAAUUUAUUACCAGGGGAAUUUUAUGUGACGAGACAUUCCAACCUGUCUGAAAUCCAUGUGGUUUUUCACCUGUGUGUGGAUGACAAUAUGCGAAGUGGAAACAUAUCUGCAAGGGAUCCAGCAAUAAUGGGUUUGAGGAACAUUUUGAAGGUGUGCUGUACUCAUGAUAUCACAACUAUUAACAUCCCUCUUCUGCUGGUUCAUGAAAUGUCCGAGGAAAUGACUAUCCCGUGGUGCUCCAAGAGAGCUGAACUGGUGUUUAAGUGUGUCAAAGGUUUCAUGAUGGAAAUGGUUUCUUGGGAUGGAGGAGUAUCGAGAACUGUCCAGUUCCUUGUACCACAGAAUAUCUCAGAAGAAAUGUUUUACCAGCUUAGUAAUAUGCUUCCUCAGAUCUUCCGAGUUUCUUCAACACUUACUCUGACAUCAAAGCGUUGACAGGAAAUUAGCUGUGAAAAUCAGGAGUUGACAUAUUACAUUGUUACUUAUAAUGUUGAUUUAAACAAGGACCAAUUAUAAUUUCAGCCAUCAAAAUCAAUGAUGGUUAAGCGAUCUCACAGCCCUACAUCUAGGCAAGCUUAAGGGCCCCUGGUUAAAGUCAGUAGCUCGAGUAUAAAAAUGUAAAAUGUCUGUUUUUUUUUUAAAUUCAUAUGCUUUGUACAUUGUAAAUGUAUGUAUUUGUACAUACAUAUAUAUAUAUAUUAACACAUUCAUACAAAUACA